GUUACAGCAACGGACGGAGGUAGAUCCAAGCACACGACGUUCAAAAUCGUUUUAUACUGUUUCUAUAUCUGUGUAAAUAACCUUUUUUUGUACAUACACGCACGGGGAAUAUCUCAACCCAAACGGACGACUCUCGUGAUAUAUCCUCGGACAAGGAAAGCAAAGGGAAUAUAGGAUUUUUCUCGCUGUCUCCUCUCCUUCCUGCUCUGUCCUUUGUGUUUUUUUUUUCCACCGCUGCGCUUGAGUAGUCGAGCAGCAGCGCCCCCCUGCGAGCCAGAAGGGAAGAGUCAGAGGACGGAGAGCCACACAAGCGGGCCGAGCCUCUCUCCUCCCGUGCGCCGUGGGUCCCACCAGCUCAACUGUCCGAUGCGGAGUGAGGAUGAGUCCCGCUCUGGAAGCCCUCAUGCAGGCGGACGGGACAUCUUAUCCCGGAAAGGGGGUGAUGCUUGAACCUUUCGUGCACCAGGUGGGAGGCCACUCCUGUGUGCUGCGAUUUGGGGAGCAGACGAUUUGCAAGCCCCUCAUCCCCCGGGAGCACCAAUUCUACAAGAGCCUCCCCCAAGAAAUGAGGAAGUUUACCCCUCAGUAUAAAGGUGUAGUAUCUGUCAGUUUUGAAGAGGAUGAGGAAGGGAACCUGUGUCUCAUUGCCUACCCCCUCCACAACGAACCAGGGGUCCUGGAAAACAAGGACCCCUCAGCAGACUGCGAGCCCAAGAGCAAGAUGCUGAAGUGGGGUAAUAAGAAACAGUCCUCCUUGCUUUUGGAGAACGACAAAUACAGCAAAGACAGAUCUCGACAGAUCCGCAAGGAAGACAAGAUAAUGAGCUUGAAUCGUGAUGAAGUGCAGCAGCAGCAGGCUGAAGUUCUCUACUACAGCUUGGAGAAAGGCAAUGUUGUGCCUCAAAUCAAACACAACCCCUGGAGUCUCAAAUGUCACCAGCAGCACUUACAGAGGAUGAAGGAGAAUUCAAAGCACCGCAACCAAUACAAAUUCAUUCUGUUGGAGAACCUGACAUGGCGCUAUACAGUACCAUGUGUCUUGGACCUGAAGAUGGGAACACGCCAACACGGGGAUGACGCAUCAGAGGAAAAGAAAGCCAAUCAGAUUCGGAAAUGCCAACAGAGCACAUCUGCUUCAAUUGGAGUGCGACUUUGUGGCAUGCAGGUUUACCAGUCGGACUCAGGCCAGCUGAUGUUCAUGAAUAAGUACCAUGGCCGUAAGCUGACGCUUGCAGGUUUCAAGGAGGCCCUCUACCAGUUCUUCCACGACGGGUGCCGCCUGCGUCGUGAGCUGCUGUCCCCGGUGCUGCGCAGGCUCAGAGAAAUGCAAGCCGCCCUGGAAGCCUGCGAGUCUUACCGCUUCUACUCCAGCUCCCUGCUCAUCAUCUAUGAUGGUGACCCCCCCAGAACUCCCACCAGACCCAGACACCAUGGUGGAGAAGAGGGUGAUGAGGAUGAGCCAUCAGAUGAAGAGGAGGAGGAAGAAGAAGAGGAAGAGGAGGAGGAAGAGGAAGGGGCAUUCGGUUUCCCUCGUUCUUCUUCAGCAAGUGGCAGUGCUGGUGUGGCAGGAGGAAGCAGUAACAGCAGCAGCAGUCGCUCAUCCCGCAGCACAGGAGAGGCCAGCAGCCCCAUGGUAGACGUGCGCAUGAUUGACUUUGCCCACACCACUUGUCGACACUAUGGGGAAGAUAGUGUUGUUCAUGAGGGCCAGGACAGUGGCUUCAUCUUUGGCCUCCAGAACCUGAUAACCAUCAUCUCCCAGCUGGAGGAUCAUAGUGCUGACUAAGGCUAGACUGGAGCUGCGAUGCUCUGAAAUGCUCUCAAACCUGGGAAUAGCAGGCUGAGCUGAAGCCAUGCUUCUCCAAAGGUGCAUUGUCCUUAUGCCUACAUGGUGAUCUGAUGCUCCUCUGCUUGGAGCAGGACUGGGGCACCUCAUGGAAGGAUCCAUACGGUUGUUCCUGCACUCUCCUUAACCUGCCAUGGGACAGGGCCGCCUGUGCUCUUACUUGCACUUUUCCCUGUUUCUGGGACUGCUCUUUUCUUUGUUAUCCAUGGUAGGAGAAAUUUUCUAUGAGACGGUCUCUUAACAGACACAGGGACUCCUGUAGCAUCUAGAACGCUCCUCUCCCGCUCCUCCUUUGUUACAGACCAGUUUAUUUGCUGUAAGUUCUCUCUGAGAGAGAAAGAGUGAGCGCAAAGCAAAGAAGAUUUAAGCUCAAGUGUAGUUCUAGGAACUUGGUGCUUUCCCUGUGGAAAUGACAAGAGUUUUUUGGGUGAAGUUUGGACUGCCGUUCCCCACAAGCACAGCACAUAUUAGUGGGGGCUGACUGUACAAGCUGACCUCGGCUGGCUAGGUCAGCGGCCUUGUAGCAACUGACAAGUUAAGUUUCUAAUAAGUCAGACGUUUUGAGUUUGUCAUGGUGUCUCUGAAGGCCCUAGUAACAACAGUGGUUUGUGUGUCCACUGGGCACUUGGAUUUACAGCAGCAACACACUGUGUUGGAAGAACAAGAUAAUUAGGUGUAGAAGAAGGGAUUUGCCUCUUUUCAACCAUUUUUUCCCCUGUAUUAUUUCGCCUCUAAAGGACAUUUUGAAAGGGGAUUAUAAGGGGAUAAUAUCCUUGUUUUGUCACUUUGUUUUGUCUGAUUUACUCCUCUUCAUUCCUUUAACGGUGACUAAAGAAGAGAAUAUAUUGAUAAGAACACUAGAUACAAAGACUAUAUAGAGACUUUAUUUAUUUGAACUGUUUGUUAAAACAAAAAGAAAGAAAUGGAGACAAAGACUACAUUCCAUUUUACCACUCUUAAUGUUCUGUUCUGAUAUGGACUGAUGAAUUUUGUUAUUGCAAGUGCAGAUACCUCUCUUGUAUACCUGUGUGUCAACGGUGUCUUGGAAAAUAAAGGCAUUUGUUUGUGGUAAAA